AUGUCGGGUAAUGGACGCAAGGAUAAAGGCCACAGUAACAACUCUUUUUCUGGUAGUGGGAGGCAUAGGGUGGGGAGGGCAUCCCCUAAUUCUACCGACGAUCCACGUUAUAGGAUGUCGCUCAUACCGAUCGACAUGCCGAUAGUGACAGGAGUUGCAGGCUCCAACAGUCAGUGUGCUAUUAGUCAGCAAACCAGCAUGGCUGAUCCUCUAGCAGACUUGGCUAAGAUUCUUCGCCGUCGGGCUCGAGAGACAGGUCAUAUGCCCCAGCUCCAACAGACGGAUUAUAGGCCUCAGCUCCCACAAACGGAUUAUAGGCCUCAAUCCCCACAAAUGUUUUUGAGGAUAGGUGGUAAUGAUGGGUUUGAGGACUAUUGUUUUGAGGAUGCAGAUGCAGAGGUUUGGGGAUCAAAAAUCCACAGCGCGUGUAUUCGUCUCUUUUGGGAGAAUUUGGAUCGUCCGUGGGUCCAAUUCAGUGAUAUUCCAAAUGAGGCUCUUAUACAGAUGUUUUCUCGUUUCGGGACCAAGUACAGGUGGCAUUCACAAGAGAAUGAGAACAUAUUUGAUGCAUUCAAGUGUGUCCUCAAGGAUAGAUACAGAGAUAGGAUGAAAGGUAUCAUGAGACAAUCUGCCAACAUGGCACGAAAUGAUGGGAAACCCCUCCCCCUAAAGUUUUAUAGCUACUAUGAUGGGAUGCAUAACUACCGCCCCGAACGCGUACCGGAGACUGUGUGGCAACAGAAGUGGCAAAAGAAUUCAAAAAUCGCUCAGCAGAACCGCAACACUGCAGAUUCUAAUGGGUCAACAGCAAGACACACUGCGGGUAGUAUAGGAUUUGACCAGCACCGUAGGAAAUUAGAAAAAUUGAUGGGUAAACCACCCACACAUUAUGAUGUUUUCAUGUUGCGUGCGCAAGUUUCUAUCAUGGAACAACAACAACAACAAAUGAAAGAACAAAUGGAGAUGGUUAUAAGGAUGAUAAAUAUGUCUGGAAAUCAACCCCGUGGUCCCCCCGAUAAUCCACCCGAGGACAAUUGA